AGGCUUGAAAGUCGUUGUUUUGAACCAAUGGGUUCGUGCCUCAACUCCUCGGGAACACAGGCUGCGAGAUGAAAGCUCUGCAGUUCCAUGCGGCUCACGAGUUCCCAGCCCCAUAGUCCAGGCAUCCUGAUUAGUUCUGUCCCUGCGCCUAUAGCCUUGGUGGUUCUUAGAUUACUGCAUUGGGCUUGUCUGGCGAGAAGCGAGACGGAUCUGCGACACCACUGCGACAGUCUCGAACCCACCUCCAACGGUUCGAGUCCCAAACACCACCCGCCGUUGCGCCCAAGCAAGUGCGCAUCACCAAAAUCUCGCCAUUCUUGCAGGCGAUCAACGUUUCCCCCAUGCCAUGCCGAGCGCAAGGGGCUGGUGUUUCGCCAUGUGCGCAACGGCCUGCACGCCUUCCAAAUUCAACAAUUUCAUGCGUGGAUUUAAGGAAUAGACAAUCCCCAGGCAUAAACUUUCUCCUCAUCUCAUCGCUCUUGCCUCAUAAUACCAGUGCUUCACUGUCUCUUUCUCUUACUUCAUCUGCUUCUUACUGUCCGAGCCG